AUGUACUUCAGUGACAGCCUGCAACAUGAAAGUCUACAACACUUCAAACAUCGAUCACCCCGUGACUUUGAGAAUCUGAUAAGAUAUGGCAUUGACCGCUCCGACAACCAUCAUCGUCGUCGGCAGGGUCAUCCAUCACGGGGAGAUGCUGCUGCUGUUCGCUCGGGAGGGUGUCGCAUAUUGCGGCUAGGAACAAUCGAGGAAGAGAAGCGACGGAGGGUUGUCAGGUUGUCUACUGCUAUGGGGCCAAGACAAGGCAGUGAUUUUCGACGCGAGGUCCAACUCCCGAGCACACCUCGCAUAGGUAUCAUCCUCAGAACUCUCGUCAUUGGCAGAUGGGAGACCGUUGGACCUACCCGACCCGCCAGAAACUGGGGUUGA